AUGGAACCAUUUAGUCUUCCAGUAACACAUAUUGGUCGUGUGACAACAACACCGGAUUCAAGCAAACUUCAUAAGACUCAGAAAAAACUGGAAGAAGUGAUAGAAAUUGUUCGAAGUGAUAUUGAUCGUAUUAUCGAGCGUGAAGGUCGAUUGCAAAAUUUAACCGCACGUGCCGACGAGAUGGAGGCCCGAGCAGAACAAUUUUCGCGUAAGGCAAUUCAGGUUAGACGUAACAUAUGGUGGCGUAGUGUACGUUUAAUGAUGGCUGUCGUUGGUGCUUGUAUGCUAUUCGUUGUCGGUGUCAUUGGUUAG